AUGAAUGGGAAAAAGGGUAGUAUUGAGAUCAAUAUCCCUUCCAUCACCAAUACUAAACUUCCAGAAAACAAGAAAUGUGGCGAAGCUAACGCUUCGGGCAAAGGCUGGAUUUUAAGUAUUUGGGAAGUAUGCAAAGAAGAUAACAAUAGAGUAAUAUUCUCACUAAAAGUUGGCCUUGCAGUUCUUCUUGUAUCACUCCUUAUACUAUGCCGAGCCCCUUAUCAAGUUUUCGGCGUCAACAUUAUUUGGUCCAUCCUCACUGUUGCCAUGAUGUUUGAAUUUACUGUUGGUGACACAUUUAAUCGAGGGUUCAACCGAGCACUUGGGAGCCUGCUCGCUGGAAUUUUAGCCAUUGCCAUUGCACAGUUAGCCUUCAGAAUUGGACGAAUUGCUGAGCCAAUUAUAAUUGGUCUGAGCAUCUUCAUUGUUGGGACAGUUACGUCAUUCAUGAAGCUGUUGCCAUCCCUUGUUCCCUAUGAGUAUGGAUUCCGAGUUAUACUUUUCACCUACUGCUUGAUAAUUGUUUCUGGCUAUCGAAUAGGGAACCCGAUUAGAACAGCCAUGGAUCGGCUUUACUCUAUGGCCAUUGGAGCAAUUGUAGCAGUGCUAGUGAAUGUGCUCAUUUUUCCUAUAUGGGCUGGGGAUCAGUUGCACAAAGAACUCGUCAGUAAUUUUAAUUCAGUGGCUGAUGCACUUGAAGAAUGUGUUAAAAAAUACUUGGAUGAAGAUGGAUCCGAACACCCAGAGUUCUCAAAGACUGUCACGGACGACUUCCCAGACGAACCUGCAUAUAGAAAAUGUCGAUCCAUGUUGAAUUCCUCUGCCAAACUUGAAUCAUUGGCCAAUUCAGCUAAAUGGGAACCACCCCACGGCAGGUUUAAGCAUUUCUUUUAUCCAUGGUCAGAGUAUGUCAAAGUUGGUGCAGUUCUGAGAUAUUGUGCAUACAAUGUCAUGGCACUCCAUGGUGUAGUUCACUCAGAAAUUCAGUUUCAGAUAACUGUAACUAAAGAUUCUUAUGGUCUGGUUUCUGAAGAAUAUAUUCCUCAAGGAGAAUAUACAUUUAUUCAAUUAGCAAUACCUAUUAAUACCAUUAUACUAUGGGGCGCUCCCUGUAAUCUUAGAAUCACAUUCCAAAAAGAGAUCCAAGAUGCAGCAAGCGACGCAGCAGAGCUAGUCCGAUGUCUAGGCAAAGAUAUAUGUGAUAUGCAGCGAAGCCUCAAAACAACAUCUCUUCUAAAAUGGGUACAUAGCUCGACUGAACGCCUCCAACGCGCAAUAGACAUGCACUCGUACCUCUUAACUUCUACUUACGAGGCACCUGAUAGUAAUACAUCUAAGCCACAACCAAGGCUCUCUCUCACCUUAUCAGCUACCCUUUCUAACCUUUCAAACCAAUUAGCUGAGCUUCCUAAACCAAACUCUGGCCCACCAUCUCAACCUCUAAGGGCUAUCCCACCACCACAAUCAGAAUCUUACCAUGAAAUGAUGAGAAAGCAAUCAAGAAGGCUUCAUUCUUGGCCAUCCCGGGAAGUUGACGCGUUUGAAGAGAAAGGGUUUAGCACAGACUUCAUUCCUAAAAUACGCGUGCUGGAGAGAACUGCUACACUCUCUCUUGCAACAUUUACCUCAUUGCUUAUUGAGUUUGUGGCUAGGCUUGAUCACUUGGUUGAAGCAGUUGAUGAACUCUCAAAGAUGUCCAAAUUCAAACAGGAGGCUCUUUAA